AAUUUCAACUAAGAGUUACAAUUUUUCACCAAUCAAUAUUUGUUCGAAUAAAUAAAAAAGAGUAAAUUCGGCAACUCUGGCUCUCAUCGUCGAGUCGCGGUUUAAGCGGUUUAAGUUUUGUUUUUAUUUGCUGUCCUUAUAAUAUUCGAGCAAUUGAUAUCAUUUUUCCCACGGUUGUGAUCUUCCCUACAAGUUUGCGUUUCGUCCGGUUACAGGGAAGAUUUAUAUGAACACAAGCAGAGCACCGGUAAUAUCAGUAGUUCGAAAACUUUUCUGUACAAUGAAGAGGUCCAAAAAAUCUGCCGAAGUAGACGCUGCUGCUGGUAGUUCUCGAUCUGAUGGACCCGCCAAGAAACAAGCUAAAUUAGAAACUACUAGCAGUUAUGUAGACAUGUUUGAUGUUCAACGACAGAACGUCGCAAAAUCUAUACUUGAUUUCGAUUUUAAGAAGAAACGCGUACGCGUCCUCUCCGAGGUACAGGAAGUCGAAGAAGGGAAGAGAGGGAUACUGUACUGGAUGUCGCGAGACGGUCGCGUACAGGAUAACUGGGCAUUUUUGUUUGCUCAGAAAUUGGCACUGAAGAACGAACUUCCGUUGCAUGUUUGUUUUAGUUUAGUGCCUACAUUUCUGGAAGCUACUAUCAGACAUUACAAGUUUAUGUUGAAAGGCCUUGAAGAAGUAGCUAAGCAGUGCGAAGCAUUGGAUAUAAACUUUCAUAUGUUAAACGGUACAGCGCGCGAUACAAUACCCAAAUUCGUUCAGGAGCAUCAAAUUGGAGCAGUUGUUUGUGACUUUAGCCCACUGCGAAUACCAAUGAAAUGGGUAGAAGAUGUCGGUAAAGCUUUACCUCCGGAAGUACCAUUCUGCCAGGUGGAUGCUCACAACAUUGUGCCUUUGUGGGUCACGUCCGAUAAACAAGAGUAUGCUGCCCGCACUAUUCGUAGUAAAAUCAACAAAAACCUGGACACGUACCUGACCGAAUUUCCUCCUGUAAUCAAGCAUCCCCACAAAGAAGUUAUUCGGCCGAAAAUUAUUGACUGGUCGAAGCUGCUGGAAAGCUUAACAGUCGAUAAAACUGUUGACGAAGUUGAUUGGGCGGUACCUGGUUAUGAAGGAGGAAUUGCAAUCCUGCAAUCUUUCAUAGAGAAAAGGUUGCGUAAAUUUAAUUCAAAGCGAAACGAUCCCACAGAAGAUGCUUUAUCCAAUCUUUCACCAUGGUUUCACUUUGGACAGAUAUCUGUUCAGCGAAGCGUGCUUGCCGUGAAAAAGUAUGGUAAAGGUUUUUCCGAAGGGGUAGCGGCUUUUUGCGAGGAAGCAAUUGUUCGACGGGAACUAGCUGAUAAUUUUUGCUUUUAUAAUAAGCAAUACGACAACUUAAAAGGCUCCUACGAUUGGGCACAAAAAACUCUUCAGGAUCACCGUAAAGAUAAGCGAACCUACAUUUAUACACGGGAAGAGCUGCAAGAAGCUAAAACUCACGAUGAUUUGUGGAAUGCGGCUCAAAUCCAGAUGGUACGGGAGGGCAAAAUGCACGGAUUCUUACGGAUGUAUUGGGCAAAAAAGAUUCUAGAAUGGACCAAAACUCCCGAGGAGGCACUACAGAUUGCCAUUUAUUUAAACGAUCGUUACCAACUGGAUGGAAGAGAUCCGAAUGGGUACGUAGGCUGUAUGUGGUCCAUCGGAGGUAUUCACGAUCAGGGCUGGCGCGAGAGGGAAGUUUUUGGAAAGAUUCGCUACAUGAACUAUGAAGGUUGUAAGCGCAAAUUUGAUGUAGCAGCCUUUGUGUCCCGUUACGGUGGAAAAGUUUACCGGAAGUAAUCCAUCCUAAGUUUGGUUGGAACACGAGUACUUACUUAUUUUUUUGAGCUAUGCUUUCAAAUGGAUCUGAAUAAACUAAAUGAGAAUUUUGUUAAA